AACCUCACCUUCAAGCGUCAAGUAGCAAAACUACAGCUUUCCUUCACCCCCAGCAAGAAAACCGAGCGAUCUAGCAGACUACCACAGAAGAUUUCCUACUCGGCCGCACGUGCAGACCCUGAUCUGACUGAGAGAGGCAGGCAGCAGCUCGAUCGGCAGUAACCGUGAGCGAGCCAUGGGACUGGCCUGGAUGGUGACGGCGGCCGUCGCGGCGGUGCUGGCGUCGUGGGCGUUCAACGCGCUGGUUCACCUCGUCUGGCGUCCCUACGCCAUCACCCGGAGGCUCCGCGCGCAGGGCGUGCGCGGGCCGCCCUACACGUUCUUCACCGGGAGCCUCGGCGAGAUCAAGCGGCUCCGCGCCAAGGGCGCCACCGUCACGCUGGACGUCGACGACCACGACUUCAUCCCCAUGGUGCAGCCCCAUCUGCGCAAAUGGAUCGCGCUCUACGGGCGGACGUUCGUGUACUGGACCGGCGCGAGGCCGAACGUGUGCGUGGCGGACGUGAACGUGGUCAGGCAGGUGCUCUUCGACCGCACCGGCCUCUACCCCAAGAACCUCAUGAACCCGCACAUCUCCCGCCUGCUCGGCAAGGGCCUCGUCCUCACCGACGGCAACGACUGGAAGCGCCACCGCAAGGUCGUGCACCCGGCCUUCAACAUGGACAAGCUCAAGCUGAUGACGGCGACCAUGUCCGACUGCGCUCGCUCGAUGAUCUCCGAGUGGGACGCACAGCUGCAGAAGGAGGAGAGCGGGCGCGACGGUCACGGCCACGGCCACGUGGAGGAAGAGCUGAGCAGCCGCUUCGAGGAGCUCACCGCCGACGUCAUCUCGCACACCGCGUUCGGGAGCAGCUACAGCGAGGGGAAGCGGGUCUUCCUGGCGCAGAGGAAGCUGCAGCACAUCGCCUUCUCCACCAUUUUCAACGUCCAGAUCCCAGCUCUCAAGUACCUCCCGACCGAGAAGAAUCUCAGGACACGGAAGCUGGACAGGCAGGUGAGGGCCAUGCUAAUGGACAUCAUCGAGGCCCGCCUCGCCAGCAAGGACACCGCCGGCGGCUACGGGAACGACCUGCUCGGGCUCAUGCUGGAGGCGUGCGCGCCGCCACCGGAGCACCAUGGCGAGAUGGCGCCGACCACGCUGAGCAUGGACGAGAUCGUCGACGAGUGCAAGACCUUCUUCUUCGCCGGCCACGACACCACGUCGCACCUGCUCACCUGGGCCUCCUUCCUGCUGAGCACGCACCCGGAGUGGCAGCACAGGCUACGGGACGAGGUCCGGCGGGAGUGCGGCGACGACGAGGUCCCCACCGGCGACGCCCUCAACAGGCUGAAGCUUGUCAACAUGUUCCUCCUGGAGACCCUGAGGCUGUACGGCCCGGUGUCCCUGAUCCAGAGGAAGGCGGGCUCAGAUCUCGACCUCGGCGGCAUCCGGGUACCCGAGGGCGCGAUCCUGACCAUUCCGAUCGCCACGAUCCACCGCGACAAGGAGGUCUGGGGCGAGGACGCCGGCGAGUUCAGGCCGGAGAGGUUCGAGAACGGGGUGACGAGGGCGGCCAAGCACCCCAACGCGCUGCUGUCCUUCUCCAGCGGGCCAAGGUCGUGCAUCGGUCAGAACUUCGCAAUGAUCGAGGCAAAGGCCGUGGUCGCCAUGAUCCUGCAGAGGUUUGCACUCGAGCUGUCCCCGAAAUACGUCCACGCGCCCAUGGACUUGAUCACCCUGCGCCCAAGGCAUGGGCUCCCCAUGCUCCUCAAGCGACUGUAGGUUUCAUUCGAUCAUGGUGCGCGUCAGAUAGAUGUGAAAUUAAUAGGAGUUUUGUAUUUGUUGCUUAUAUAUUUCCGUUUAUUUUUGCUACUUAUAUGUACCCACAUAAUGUAUGUCAAUAGGACUUUUGUAUUUGUUGCUUAUAUAUUUCCAUUUAUUUUUGCUACUUAUAUGUACCCCACAUAAUGUAUAUAUGUCCCAGUUUUUUUUUUAUUUUGGUGCCUCGUAAAUUCCACCUCCCCCUGUAUGUACAUGUUUAGCUAAAUUAUUGCUUGGAAUCUUGGAUCGAACAAUCUUAGUUUAGUUCUUCC